ACUUUUUUUAGCAUAUUAUUAAGGUUGUCAUUGCUGGCAAACAACAAGCAGCCCAGGUCUAACCAUUUUAUCUGUCAGUAUGGCACGGGCUUUGGUUCUGGUUUAUACUUGUGUGAUCUGGCAUGCAAUUCUACUAUUAACAAAAUCCACAGAUUGGUAUUACGGUGAAACAGAUGACUAUGUUGACCCUGAUGAUCCAGAUUUUGAUGAUGAAGAUGACGCCCAAAAUUCAAGCAGCACUGACUGGUUAUUUAAUGCUUCUGAGGAAGAAGAUCCCUGUUUAGCAAAUCCUUGUGAGAAUGAGGGUACCUGUGAAACGAAAGGCCAAACAUUCAAGUGUCAUUGUCAUCCAUUUUAUACAGGAAGGACAUGUCAAUUAGUGAACAAUCCCUGUCGGAGGAAUACAUGCAAGCAUGGAGAGUGUGUUCUAACCACUAACCCACCAUACUACAAGUGCAAAUGCAACUAUCCAUUCAAACCACCAAACUGUAAAAAACCAAUUCGCACAUGUUCGAUAAACCCUUGUAAAAAUGGUGGAAUUUGUAAAAGGGGCAAGGCUAGAAGAUCUUUUAUUUGCACCUGUCCAAAAUCCUACACAGGAAGAUAUUGUGAAACAGAUUCCGAUGACUGUUAUGAGGGAAAUGGUGAAAAUUACAGAGGCAAUGUUGGUGUAACACAACAGGGGAGAGAGUGUUUAUACUGGAGCUCACACUUGCUUCUAAAGAAACAUAUCAAUAUAUUUGGGCCUCAAGCUGAAGAAACUGGCAUUGGAGAUCACAGGUUUUGCAGAAAUCCAGAUGAUGACGAUAAGCCUUGGUGCUUUUUUAAACAACCAAAUGGAAAACUGAAAUGGGACUUUUGUGCAAUCUCUCAGUGCCAGACUGAAACGACUGAAGCACUUGAAGCAGAACCUGACCCUACAUCAGUGCUCCCGACUUUUUUUGAAAGUUGUGGAAAAGUAGGAUUGAGAAGAAAUUUAAGCCGCAUCUAUGGUGGACAGAAGACAGCUCGUGGCAGGCACCCUUGGCAGGCAUCUGUGCAACUAAAAGUUCCACUAAAUAUUUAUGAUGCAGGACACCAAUGUGGAGGAACCUUGAUUGCACCCUGUUGGGUUCUUACAGCAGCUCAUUGCUUAGAGGCAAGCACUCAAGCCAAGCACUAUCAAGUACUACUCGGGAAACACAACAUAGAUCAAACUGAACUGAAUGAACAGAAAUUUGAUGUUGAGCAAAUAAUUGUGCAUCCAAACUAUGAAGAAACGGACAAUGCCUUGUUCAAUGACAUUGCCUUAAUGAAAUUGCAAAGUGUUGGAGGAGAGUGCAGCAAGGAAACAAAAUAUGUUCGAGCAGCAUGUUUGCCAGAUGUUGUGUUACCUCUCAACUCGGAGUGUUACAUUUCAGGAUGGGGUGUAACUGAAGCAGGAAAUGGUUCACAAUAUUUAUUGGAAGCAUCUGUAAAACUAAUCUCUCAACGAAGUUGCAAUAGAGCAACAUCUUAUGCUGGUGUCAUUGAUGAGACCAUGAUCUGUGCAGGAAAUUUAGAAGGAGGAGUAGAUAGUUGCCAGGGUGAUUCUGGAGGACCACUGACUUGUGUGAAAGAUGGACUUUACCAGAUCUAUGGAGUAGUGAGCUGGGGCGAUCGCUGUGGGGUGAAAAAUAAACCUGGUGUUUAUGCCCGUGUCACCACUUUCCUUAGCUGGAUUCAAGGAACAAUAAGCUAAUGACUAAUUUUACAACAAGGAAAUUAAAUUCAAUAUGCUUUACACUCAUUCACACAAUUCAGGGGAAGGACUUACAUAAUUCUCAAGUAAAAUGCCUACAGGUUGCAUUACUUAACUUGCCUUUGAAUCGUUAAAAAAUAUUAUUGCUUAAGUACAUUAAAUGCAUGGUGUAUCUCACAAAGAAUAUCUUGUAAACAAAACAUUGUUAAACAACAGGGAGGUGUGUUAUAAAAACAUCUCAGUAAGUAAUUGGUGAUAUUAAUUCUAAAGUGAAAAUAAUAAAAGUUCCUAUUUACAUAAGACAGAGGAUAAGAUAAAAAAAUUUACACCUUACUCCAUGGCGAUUUUUAUAGGGCAAACAAGUUGCUUAUUAUGUUUUUAAUAAACUGAAGCACAUUA